ACAAAUACACAAGAACGAAAUAAUGUCCGACUCCGAAGAAGUAACCACUCCAGCGGCCGAAGAGGCACCUGCCGCUGCCCCUGCAGCUGCUAAAAAGAAGAAAGCAUCAAAAUCCAAAUCUAAGAAACCUUCAUCCCAUCCAAGAUUUAGAGAUAUGGUCGUUGAAGCCAUAGGAUCCUUGAAGGAGAGAAGUGGAUCUUCGAGACAAGCAAUCUUAAAAUAUAUCCGGCAAAACUACAAAGUUGAUGGAGCAUCGGACAAUAAUCAUUUAAAAAUGACAUUAAGAGCCUGUGUAAAGAAUGGAACUCUAAAACAAAGCAAAGGAAGUGGUGCAUCAGGGUCAUUUAAACUUGGAGAAAAGGGAAAAGAUAAACCCGCAAAAAAAGCUAAAAAACCUGCAGCAGCAGCAGCAACGAAAAAACCAAAAGCAGAGAAAAAGAAAGUUACAAAGCCAAAGAAAAGUAAAGCAAAGUCCGAGAAGAAAGCUAAGGCAUCACCAAAAAAGAAGGCAGCGGCCAAACCAAAGAAGUCCAAAUCUCCCAAGAAAACAGCCACAAAGUCAAAGGCAAAGAAAGGAAAGGCUGCCAAAAAGUAAAAGUGUUUUGAAAAUUGGAAGACUAUGUGCAUGUGAGAUCAGACAAUUGUUGAGAGCUCCAAGAUGUAUUCUCAAUACUAACUAACAAAUAAUACGAAAAAUGUUUCACAAAAGAAGAAUAAUUGUGAAUUCAGAACAGAUUUCCUGUUAAAAGGACAUGCAUUUUAGAUCUAAAAGGACUUGGGAAGUUGUGAAUGUGAGGAUGAGAUGGUUAAAAUCUGGAAAUCUUUCAGAAGUGGUAAUAAGUAUGGCAGUGUAAACAGUGAAAUUGUUAUGCAUGUUUGUAUGAUAAGGACUUAUAAGUUAUGUCCAAACAGUAUUUCCUGACUAUGACUGAGUGCUGAGUCAUGCCAUUUACUUAUUGUAUAACAAAAUGCCUUCAACAGUUAUGAUAGUCAAGCAUACCAGAAUCUUGUUUCUUGAGUAAAUGAUGAAAAGUGUUCUAUAUUUCAAGGUACCAUAAUUUAUUAAUAAAUUUCAUUGUUUGACAUGUCAUUUUACUCCUGAAACAUAGAGGUAGGCAUGGUUGAUAAAAGUCAUCAUUUAAUAAUUUCAUUGAAUCCAUUUUGUAUAAUUGAUGGUCAAUUCAUCAUAAUCAUGUUCAGUAUUCCAUAUAGUUUUUAUUUCAUUUUCAUUUUUUAUCUUAAGUUUUCACUUGUUUAAUAAAACAAACUUUUUGUUAUCAAAUAUCAAUUUGAAUGUCUCAUUAAAUUAUUUCAAUACA